AGAAGACGGAUUACCGGAGGAGACGGAACUAAGUUACGACCAGAAGAAAGAAAUCGCAAAGUGGUUUCUCCUCAACGCUCCCGCUGGAGAAAUCAAUUACGUUGCCAAAGAUUUAAAGGNGCGGUGUUGAGCGAUGAGGAAGUCUAUAACGAAGCAGCCAUGGAGGCAUUCCCAGUGUACAACAAGUCUCAUAUGAUUUGUCUUGAAAUGCCCAGUAGGGCUGGUGAUGUGAUAGUUUCAUCUUAUAGUGAAAUUGCUGAAAAUGAGUACAUUGAUCCAAGAACUGCCCAGGUUGCCAUAGUUGAUCAUGUUAAACAGAUUUGUACAAAGGUACGGCCUGCAAAUGAUGAAGAACUUCCGUCUUUGUAUAUUGAGGAGUACAGAAAUGCUCUUGAUGCUGAAAUCCAGAGAUAUGUUAGUGAAUCUUAUCCGAAAGGUAUCUCUGCAGUUAAUUGUGUGAAGGGGAAAGAUACAGAAGGUCCAGGGUCCGACUUUGAGUUUGUUGUAAUAAUUACUGCCAUGAGACUAAGUCCCCAGAACUUCUGUAAUGGAAGUUGGAGAUCUGUAUGGAACAUUGAUUUCCAGGAUGAGUCCCAGGUGCUUGACAUAAAAGGGAAACUGCAGGUAGGAGCUCAUUAUUUUGAAGAGGGAAAUGUGGAGUUAGAUGCAAAAAAAGAUUUCCAAGAUUCAACAAUAUUUCAGUCUGCAGACGACUGCGCGAUUGCCAUAGCCAAUAUUAUCAGGCACCAUGAAACAGAGUACCUUGCAGCUCUAGAGGUAGCUUAUUCUAAAUUACCGGAUAACACUUUCAAGGAUUUGAGGAGGAAACUUCCGGUGACGCGAACUCUGUUCCCAUGGCAGAACACUUUACAGUUCAGCCUAACAAGAGAGGUCGAGAAAGAACUUGGACUUGGCAAGUGA